AUGUGCCUGCAAAAACGGUCGUCGUCGCGACUCUGCAAAUGCAAAGGCCACGUGGAUUCGUUUGCACGGUACUUUGCCGCUCUGGCGCAAGAAACGUCGUUGCGAGGUGGAAAGCGGUUAUGUGCCAGCGGUCGAGUCGAGUCGACUCAACUUCAAGAGUUCUCGCGCAUUGCAUUUACAGCGGUAGUCAAUCGCUGCAUUGCGCCACUGUAA